AGCUAACGGAACGUGGAGCUUUUGUCAAUCGUUCCAGAUCAGUGAAGCAAGUAGACUCUUGGUUUUAUCACCGGAAGUUGUAUCAGUUUACAUAACUAUGUCUCGGUGCGGACUACUGAUUGAAUGUGCUGAUCGUGAGCACAUACAGUUGCCUUUGACGGGAGUCUCCGUCGUAGCCGAAAUAAUCGAUUUAGUGGCUAAAGUCUCAAUUGAGCAACGCUACGUCAACAGAGAAAACCACCCUAUAGAAGCCAUUUAUCUUUUCCCUGUUGACGAAGGGGCUGGAGUGUGUCACUUCACGGCCGAAGUAGACGGACGCAGCAUAGAAGGUGUCGUCAAGGAAACAGAAGAAGCCCGAAACGAUUACGACCAAGCGAUUCAAAGUGGCCAUUCCGCAUUUUUGGUAGAAGAGAAAUUACCGGACGUUUUCAAGGCAAAAGUUGGCAAUCUGGCCGCUGGAUCGGGAGCGAAAAUCCGCUUGACUUACGUCACAGAGUUAAAAGUAGAAGGAGAUGAAAUUCAAUUUUAUUUGCCGACUACCAUCGCCCCUAGAUACGUUCCUCCCACCGAUCUUUCCAGCGCUACAGCAGAGCUGGCUUCAAUCAACUAUACACAGACAAAUCAAUAUCAAGUCGAAAUUAACGUUACCGUACAAACGGCAUCCAUCAUUAAAAAGAUUUAUUCGCCAACGCACAAAAUCGAUGUUAAUCACAAUGUCGGUGAUAAUCCUAUGAAGGCAAAAUUGCAAUUGUUCGAAAAAGUGUCAUGCAUGGAUCGCGAUUUUGUCAUUUACGUUGAAGUUGCUGAACCGCAUCAGCCGCGACUUAUUCACGAAAAAUCCAAAAAUGGAACUUCGGCGCUGAUGCUCAGUCUGGUUCCUAGUUUCAAACUAGACGAAAUGAAAAUUGAAGCGAUAUUCGUCGUGGAUCGAUCGGGUUCUAUGCAAGGUCCAGGAAUUGUGGAAGCUAAGCGGGCAUUAAAGCUGUUCCUUCACUCUUUGCCCAUCGAUUGCUGCGUUAAUAUCGUUGGGUUUGGUUCUACUUACAAACCCCUUUUCUCUUCAAGUCGAAAGUAUGGCCACGAAUGUCUGGCUCUUACCAAAGAAUGCGCACAAUUUCUUGAAGCAGACCUGGGCGGGACGGAAAUUUAUGACCCAUUGGCAUGGAUAUUUGAGCAACCGACGAUUAACGGAUAUUCCCGCCAAGUUUUUGUACUUACGGACGGAGAGGUUUCGAAUGUUAAUAAGGUCAUUUCUUUAGUCCGCUGUCAAAGAGGAAAUGCUCGCGUUUUCGCUCUAGGACUGGGAAGUAGCGCAUGUCAUUAUCUGGUGGAAGGAAUAGCACGUGCGGGCAACGGAACAGCCCUAUUUGCCUCACUGGAAGAACGUUUGGAGAAGAAGGUCAUGCAACAGCUCCAAGACGCUCUGCAACCGGCACUUACGGAUAUCAGGAUCAACUGGCAAGGUUACGACGAAACGGAGCAGCUGUCCCCCCCUUUUAAUCCGCCCAUUCAAACCGAAAAGACUUUGAUGGGUUACGGCAAAUCCCGCGAGAAACCUGUGACUCCGGCCAUUUCCGAGAAUCCAGAAAUGAAACUGCGUCAGGCUCCGAGCGAUAAAAUGAUUCCGCCAGUGUUUGACGGCAGACAUUUCAUAGUCUAUGCCCUUAUAGCGCAAGGUGCGCACAUUCCGGAGUGGGUCGAAGUCGUCGCAUCCGCACCUGUUGGUCCCUUAUUACUGAAAGUCAAUCGAACCAAGCCAAAUUUCGAGGAAAGUCAACUGAUUCAUCGUUUGGCCGCUAAAAAACUGAUCCAAGUUUUACAGGAAAGAGGUGACGAUUUAAAAAACAAAAAUGAAAUUAUUCAACUUGGUUGUCAAUACGGAUUGGCAUCAAGAUACACGUCCUAUGUCGCCGUGGAUCCGAAAGAACAAAAAGAAUUGAAAGAUUCGUGGAUGGUAAUGAAAUCACGAGACAUUCCCGUUCAAGUAGCUCACGGUUGGGGUGGUUUGAGUCAAAAUUUCAUGAUGACAGACUCGGCGAACCUAAUUACGAAACCGAGAGUCGAAAGAUGUCUCUUGCUCGGCGACGGAAGCUCAACAGAGUCGCCUACAUUCAUGACGUUUAGCUCUCCUCUCGAGGGCCGACCGGUGAGUACUGGCCAUCAUACAAAUACUUUUGAAACGCUGCCCCAUUCAGCGCUACUCAGUGACGACGACAAGUGCAUAUUGCUGAUUUCCACUCAAAAUUAUGACGGAUCGUUCCCUAUGGAACAUGAACUCGCUCAGCUACUGCAUACUAAAUUGGAAAUUAUUAAACAAGCGGGAGAGAAAUGCUGUUAUUCAGAGACAGUUUGGGCAACAGCAACCGCGUUAGCCUAUUUGUCGUUGGCUUUGCCUAAACUAAAGGAUAGUUGGAAACUAGCUGCCAAGAAAGCUGAGAAAUGGAUUGACUCGCAUGAAGGAUUUAGCAAUCGUGAACAUCGUAAAUCUUGCAUUGAAGAAGCAUAUCAGUUUGUUAGGUCUAGAUUGUUUCUUUAAGAGUUUCGACAUUUACUGUUGAUACUUUGAGACCUCAAUGUCUUAUCUUUAUUCAGAUGCAACAUUAGUGUUCGGCAGUGGUUUAAAAUCGGUUACAAAUUCUGUAUUUUUAGUAAUAACAAAAUUGGUCAAUCAAAUUUGAAUUUGAAAAUAUCAAGGUUAAAUUUA